UCUGAACGUUUUUCGACUAAAAAGAGCGGGGCAGACGCAAAUACACAAACGGAAAACGUAAACAAGUCAAAAAUGAACUCCUCGUCGGCCGAUCGGAGGUUGUAUAUGCUUUCACGUCACCUCGCCGGCGCGAUUGGUAAUGAAGGUAGCGGUAUCUCUUCUUCUCCAACUUCUGCCGGAAAUUCUGUAUUCGCUAACGUAGUUCGUGCUCCCGAAGAUCCGAUUCUCGGGGUUACUGUUGCAUAUAACAAAGACCCAAGCCCUAUCAAGCUAAAUUUAGGUGUUGGUGCUUAUCGUACAGAGGAAGGAAAACCUCUGGUCUUAAAUGUCGUGAGAAAAGCAGAACAGCUACUUGUUAAUGACAGGUCUCGAGUCAAGGAAUAUCUCCCCAUUAUUGGAUUGGCAGAUUUCAACAAAUUAAGUGCAAAACUUAUACUCGGAUCUGACAGUCCUGCUAUUCAGGGAAACCGGGUGACAACAGUACAGUGUUUGUCAGGUACUGGGUCAUUGCGAGUUGGAGCUGAGUUUCUGUCCAGACACUAUUACCAACGUACUAUAUAUAUACCCAAUCCAACAUGGGGAAACCAUACAAAAAUAUUCACUCUUGCUGGUUUGACUGUGAAAACAUAUCGCUACUAUGAUCCUGUAACACGUGGAUUGAACAUCCAAGGCUUACUAGAAGACCUGAGUUCUGCUCCAUCUGGAGCAAUUGUCCUUCUACAUGCCUGUGCUCAUAAUCCAACUGGUGUUGAUCCAACACUUGAACAAUGGGAGCAAAUAAGACAACUGAUUAGAUCCAAAAGUCUCUUACCAUUUUUUGAUAGCGCAUAUCAGGGUUUUGCAAGUGGAAGUCUGGAUAAGGAUGCUCAAUCAGUUCGCAUGUUUGUUGGUGAUGGUGGGGAAUGUUUUAUAGCUCAAAGUUAUGCUAAAAACAUGGGGCUUUAUGGGGAAAGAGUUGGUGCUUUGAGCAUUGUUUGUAGGAGUGCUGACGUGGCAAGUAAGGUAGAAAGCCAGUUAAAACUUGUGAUAAGGCCCAUGUACUCAAGUCCACCUAUCCAUGGUGCUUCAAUUGUCGCUACCAUUCUCAAAGACAGAAAGUUGUAUGAUGAAUGGACCCUUGAAUUGAAGGCAAUGGCUGAUCGUAUUAUUACCAUGCGCAAACAGCUUUUUGAUGCUUUAUCUGCUAGAGGGACACCUGGGGAUUGGAGCCACAUUAUAAAGCAAAUCGGGAUGUUUACAUUCACAGGGCUUAAUACAAAGCAAGUCACCUUCAUGACAAAAGAAUUCCACAUCUACAUGACAUCUGAUGGGCGCAUUAGCAUGGCGGGUUUAAGCUCAAGGACUGUUCCUCACCUUGCAGAUGCGAUACAUGCUGCUGUAACAACUGUUGGUUAAGUUAAGUAAGUUGGUUUUAUAUUCUUUCUUUUAUUUUUCCUCCAGUUUAAUUACUGUUGUUGUAAUAAUGGACUGAUAUGAUUGAUAAUCUCAAUUGUGUUGCUUUAGAGAGAAUAAAGGCUUAUAUUUUGUUAA